AGGUUCCCGCGGUUUACGGUCUCUGCUUCUGUUGCUGCCACUGUGCAGUCUGGCGUUUCCCUUUUCCUGCAGUUUUCAGCUCAGAAAAACUACACUACACAGACCUCCUCCAGCUCUUCCCAGACCCAGGCCCUGAGGCUGGCUCAGGGUCCCACAUAGCAGGUCGGGGGCUGGGAGUCUGUACGUUAAUUUGCUUCACACCUGAAGGACGUGUGUGAGAGAGGGGAGUGCGUGCAUCGGAGCCAGGAAGGGACAGGGAGACCGACCGCCAGUUCCGGCCUCCGUUUCAGCACCCGUCAGCCGCAGCUCCUGCAGCCUGGGGGCUCUCGUGCACACUCAGAUGAAGCUCCUCCAGGAAAUCCUGCUGGCGGCCCCUCUGCUCUUUCUCCUGCCCCUUCACCCCUUGGCUUCUCCAGCCUACGACGAGCCACCAGGCACCAGGCCCUCCAACAGCCACACCUGUGUUGGGUGUGUGCUGGUGGUAUCGGUGCUCGAACAGCUGGCUCAGGUUCACAACUCCACGGUGCAGGCCACAAUGGAGAGACUGUGCAGGUACCUGCCUGAAAAACUGUUCUUGAAAACCACCUGCUAUUUAGUGAUCCAGAUGUUUGGCCCGGACAUCGUAAAACUGCUCACCGCAGGCAUGAAUGCUGAUGUGGUGUGUCACACUCUGGAGUUUUGUAAGCAGGACGCUGGCCAACCACUGUGUCAUCUCUACGCCCCACCCAAGGAGCCAUGGAGGCAGACACUGGAGAAGGCAAGGCAACUUGUGGAGAAAUCCCCAGCUCUGAAACGUCCCAGAAGCGGUUCUGAUAUUUGUUCACUCCCGUUUUUGGCCAAGAUCUGUCAGGAAAUUAAACUAGCUAUACAAAAUUCUGUGCCAUUCAAAGAUGCAGAUUCAGACAAAUACAGUGUUUUCUCAGCGCUGCGUGGCUACCACUGGCGAGGGAGAGACUGCAAUGACAGCGACGCGACGGUGUACCCGGGCAGAAGGCCGGACAAUUGGGACGCCCAUCGGGACUCAAACUGCAACGGCAUUUGGGGUGUUGACCCAAGCGAUGGAAUUCCCUAUGAGAAGAAGUUCUGUGAAGGUUCGCAGCCCAGGGGGAUCGUUUUGCUGGGCGACUCGUUUGGGGCUCACUUCCACAUCGCUCCCGAGUGGGUCACGGCUGCGCAGAUGUCUCUGAAUUCCUUCUUCAACCUACCGACGGCUCUUGCUGAUGAGCUCGACUGGCCCCAGGUCUCUGGCGUGACUGGAUUUCUGAGCUCCAUGAGCGGAAUUAAAGAAAAAUCUAUUUACCGCCGACUACGGGAAAGGAACCGCUGCAAUCACAGGGACUACCAGAACAUUUCAAGAAACGGUGCAUCUUCCCAGAACCUGAAGCAAUUUAUAGAAAGCUUGUCUAGGAGCAAACUGUGGGACCAUCCGGCUGUCGUCAUAUACGCCAUGAUCGGGAAUGACGUCUGCAAUGGGAAGCGGGACCCAGUCCCCGCAAUGACCACUCCCGAGAAGCUGUACUCCCACGUCAUGCAGACGCUGCAGCAGCUACAUUCCCACCUGCCCAACGGCAGCUCUGUCAUUUUCUACGGCUUACCAGACGGGACCUUUCUCUGGGAUAACCUGCACAGCAGAUAUCACCCUCUCGGCCAGCUGAACCGAGACGUGACGUACGCACAGCUCUACGCCUUCCUGAACUGCCUCCAGGUCAGCCCUUGCCAUGGCUGGAUGUCUUCCAACAAGACGCUACGGGCCCUCACUUCAGAGAGAGCGAAGCAACUCUCCAAGACUCUGGAGAGAAUUGCAGACAGCGAGAGAUUUACGAACCUCAAUCUUUUCUACAUGGAUUUUGCCUUCCAAGAAAUCACAGAGGAGUGGCGGAAGAGAGGCGGGCAGCCCUGGCAGCUCAUCGAACCCGUGGACGGAUUCCACCCCAACGAGGCACGACCUCGCCGACUGGGCUCCAUCGGCGUCCGCAGGGAGCGCGCAAAGCCGAGUCUGCGAGACCUGAGGAGCAGCUGCCUUGGAAGUCCUUCCCAGCCGCCCACACUUCCCAGCCCAAGUGACUGGACCCACACUGGGCCGUGCGGUUUAACAGAGUCAGAAGGGACGUGCACUAACGUAGGCCGGCUUGAAAUAUUUGAAAAACUUCUUGUGUAUUUUCUCCUUCCAUGAGGGAGAGGCGGGAGGACAAGGCCCCCAGUAGAGUCUUCAUGGCUCAGCACACCCCGAAGCCCCAGCCCGCCUCGGACCAUGGCACGCGCUUGCCUGGUCUGCUCGGAGACGUCUCCUGGGAACCUGGAGCUUCCCAGGCGCCCUGAGGGCUGGGUACCACUGCACCACCAUCCACCCCCAAAUGUUUUCAUGACUGUGACAUUUGAUUUCGAGGGAGCUGGUUUUCUCUGUAACCCUUAGGUGUUUCAUUCUUCGCAUUUAGAAACGUUAUUCUGAGAAGGGGUCUCCAGGCUCCCCCAGCUUGCCAAAGGGGGGCACAGCACGUAAAGGCUUCGUGGGGCAGGUGGGGGGUGCUUCCAGAGGGAAGAAGCCGCAGUCUGACCCGUUUGGAAGCCCAGGGUGACACAGCUGCACCCUGGCAGGUCACGGGGUGGAAGGCCCAGCACCCUCCCCGGCAGCUCCAGAGACAGGUCCCAGUAGGCCAGGGCCAUGUCCCCACUGCUCACCUCGAGGCAGGCAGGAUGUCUUUGGACCCUUUUCACGUGACGACAGUUUUCCAGCACCGCUCCAGCCCUGGCAUGCGUGGCGUGUGCUCGCUGGGCUGCGUGGCUUUCCUGAUGAGCGGCCGCGUCAGUAUGCUACUCACAUGCCGCUUUCUCAUUAAGUCCGACGGCAGAGUCCGCGCUUGCUGGGGGGUGAGCUCCCCUAAUCUGAUCUGGCAGAGGAUCCGGCAUCAGUGUUCCUGCAACUGAGAGCUCUCUUAAUCUGGUCCUUUGCUUGGGGUCAAAACGGAAGUGGGAGGGAGAGGUUGCUUUUAAAGCCUGUUUUCUGGGUCACUUCUUAAAUCUGUAGUAUCAAAAAAUAAUGACUUCAGGAACCAGCAGUUAGCGUAAUGGCUAUGUUGCUGGACUCCCACGUAGUCAACCAGUUCGCGUCCCAGACCUGGUGGCUUAGAACUCACGCCAGGCGUG